GGCUGUUGGGAGGUUGGGCCUCAGGCCUUGGACCAGAAGGAGCUUCUUCACGCUCUGAGACUGUCAGGAGGCCCUGGGGGAUCCCGUUGAAGCUGCGAUUUGACGCAGAGCUGAGAUGUCUGAGCUCUAGACACAGGGAUCUCGGUGUCAAAAGAUUUGGGAAGAUGAAUUGGGUCGGGGGAUCCCGGUCCAGGGUUCUGAUCAAGCAGGAAAGGAAAAAGCAAAAGGAAUAUUUUGAAAAACACAGGUUAAAAUCAAAAAUGAAAUCACUCGGAGUUUUAUCUCCUGUCAAAAAUUCUGCUGUCAGCUUAGACAUUCUUAACCUAUAUAUGGUAAAUCAGAUAUCUUGCAAGAAGAAAAUCCCUGAAACUGUGAGGAAACCAACCCAUGUGAACAUGAAUAGAGGCAUAAAAAUGCCCCUAAGAAAGCAUAAUUUAGAACUCCCAAUGUCUCCUCACUGUGUACCUUCUAAACUCUGCCUUGAUGAUACAGAAACCAAUAUAAACUAUCAAAGACUAAGUAGCAAGGAAGAUCUUGGCCCAGUCCAGUCACGAGGCAUGGACUCAUAUAGUACACUUGACCCUCAGUUCAGCAAAAUAGAGAACUGCAGUUUCACUCCACCAUCUUUUUCAGUGGAGUUAGCUUCUAACAGACAUAUUUCAAAACUAAAUUUCACACCCGGAAUAGCACCUACUCCUCAGAAACUUGCAUAUGAAAAAAAGCAGAAUGACCAGCUCAGUAAUGUUAACUGUUCUGAUUCCUUGCUUUCCAAAUUAAAUAAAAGUCAAGAUAUUCUCAGUCCAUCACAUAAAACUACGCAAUUUGGGACAUUAUUUGAAAGAUUAAACAGUCUAGGAAAUAGGAAUUUACUUACUAAAAGCCCUGCUGUAAUUAUGGAUGAAGAUUGUAGAAGCAUGGAUGAAAUAAGACAGUCAGACUACAUUACUGAAAAACACUCCAUACAGCAUAUUUGGAGGAAAAAUGGAAAGGAAGUUUCCAAUUUUCUUGAAGAUGUGAACCAGUCUACUCCUAACUUUCUAUCAGAGAAUUCUGACUCUUUUGUUAGUCAAAAUAUGAUCAAUGUAUUAAACAUAGAUCAGCAAAAGAUAAAGAAAACAUUUAACAAGUGUGAUUAUGAUAGUAUGGGAGAUAUUUGUGUAGUCACUAGUUCUGAUAAAAACCGUGUCACUGACAGAUGCAUUAGAAACAUUUUUAUAGUUCCAGAGUUGACUUUUAGUAAUUCAACUUUGAAUAAAACAAGUUAUCCAGAAAAAUGUCAGCCAAACAAGAAGAAUCAGAGAGAGUACAACAAAAAUGAAAGAUAUGAUCUUAGUACAUCUUUUGAGAACGAUUACUACCCAAGUAGCUCUGAAAGAAAAGGAAAACUUGAAAAUGAUUACCAAGAGAAGACAUCACAGAAAAAUACUCAGAAAUAUCCAGCAAACUCUAUGGGAAAUAUACCUUUGGAAGAAUUGCACUGUAAGCAGUCAUGGGACUUUGGACUUAAUGAGAUUCUGAUGGAAGAAGGAGGAAUAUGCUCUUUAAAAAGCAGGCCAACAUCUACUGAGAAAAUCUCUCUUGAUUCUGCACAGAGUGGUUGGUCUACCAGUUACUCUCCAAGACCAACAGACAGCUGUUUAAGUUCUAGUUCAGAUUUGCCAUCUGAAGAUGAAGAUCCAAUGUCCCAGCACAUUGAAGAUUCAAAUAGGAUGCCCAUCAAAACCAAGGAAAAAACGAAUAAUUUUUAUGUAGAAAGAAUGGCAAAAGUUUCAGGUGACAGGAUUGUUAAAAACAAUGACAAAAUUCACAAACAGAAUGAGAAUUUCUGUCAGUUCUCAGUGAAAAGUGAUACAGAUCAGUUUCCACAGUCACAGUGUAAUUCAGCACACAUUUUGCAAGACAAAACCAGUGAUAACUGCAUUCUGCAGCCUGCAAGAUAUGAUGCAGGGGUACAAACAGAGAGUGAAUCUGUAAUGGAGGAAAAAUUAGAUGCUUCCAUACAGUGUGAUCUAAUUUCAAAAUGUACAUGUAGAAGUGAUGUUUCUCUUUGCAACUUUGAAAGGCGCAGUGAAAAUAUUAAGGCAGAUACCACCGGAGGGCAGGAAAUCCUUAAGAACAACUAAUAUUCUAAAAUCUCUAUCUAGGAUGUACAAUUUCACUUGCCCUUAGAAAACAAUAGUAAAUGUUGAAAAUUUCAUUAACAUGAUAAAAAAUGAGAAAAUGUAGCUAAGCACAAGCUGACAGUCUUCAGAGAGUAUAUUCAUGGUUCAUGUUAAAACAUUUUAAUAUUAUUAAUGUAUGUAUUUAAUUUGUAUGUAGCCAUUUCCUUAAUAGCUUUGGUAUAUGGUAGAGUUUUUAGAAAAUAAUGUAUUUGUAAAUUUACUAGCAUUCUUAUGUGAUUAUUCAGUAUAUUAUAAUGAUAUGCUAUUAUUUAUGGGUUAAAAUAUGCUUAAUUGCUUCCUUCCUUGUUGCAUUUAUUUUAAUAUUCUUUGCAGUUGCAUUUUCUGGCAAAAAUGCUCUCUUUCAAGACUUUAAGAUAGAAAAUAAUACCUAAUAUAUUUUUUGUCCUCAUUAUAAUAAUUUUGUUAGCUACUUCUCUUUAUUAUAGUCCUAUUUAAAAAUUCUAGCAUUAAUUUGUAGAUAAUACAUAUCUUUUAUUUGCAUAACAGUUUUUUUUUGUUGGUGCUGAUAUUAAUUCAAAGGAAAAUGUUCUGUAGGACGAAAAUAUGUUUUAAUGCUUUUAUAAAAGAAUUGUUUGAAAUUGAAAAAAAUGAUUUAUGUUUCUAA